AUGAGACGUUGCAGUGUCCCUCCUCAGUGGCAAGUCUGUGGGCUAGCCUGAAAAAUUGAGGAAAGUUUUUGGAUCACGGGGGUUUUGUACAGCUGGCAGACCCUCCUCAUUGUCAGGAAGUUAUCAGUUCUCUGUCCAGCUGUGGUUUGCUCAGUCAGAAAGUUAAUGACGGUUGCUGACGGUGACACAUCUGCGCUCAUCAUGCCUGUCCGAGCAGAGUGCUGCAGUGCCACUGGCCCGGCCUGCCCAUCCUCGGCCUCGCUUGUUCCCCCUGCCCCGAUCAACACCAACCAGCCGGGGGUGGCCACGUCGCUGCUGUACAGCGGCUCACAGUUUCGUGGUUAUCAGAAGAGCAAAGGCAACUCUUACGACGUUGAAGUUGUUUUGCAGCAUGUGACUGCGGAGGACUCAUAUUUGUGUGGAUACCUGAAGAUCAAAGGCCUUACUGAGGAGUAUCCAACUCUCACAACGUUCUUUGCUGGAGAAAUUAUCAGUCAAAAAAGGCCUUUUUUAACAAGGAAGUGGGACGCAGAUGAAGAUGUGGACAGAAAGCACUGGGGCAAGUUUAAGCCUUUUUACAAAUAUGCCAAAAACUUCAACUCGGAUGACUUUGACUAUGAAGCGCUGGACAACAGUGAUUAUGUCUUUAUGAGGUGGAAGGAGCAGUUUCUAGUUCCAGACCACACUAUCAAAGACAUUAGCGGUGCCUCCUUCGCUGGCUUCUAUUACAUCUGCUUCCAGAAGUCCACAGCCACUAUCGAGGGGUACUAUUACCAUAGGAGCUCAGAAUGGUACCAGUCUCUAAACCUAAACCAUGUUCGAGAGCACAGUGUGCCCAUUUAUGAAUUUCGGUGACAAACAGACACGCACACGAGGAUUGAGUCAAGGGAGGGGACUGUCCAUACUGCCCUGCGGUUAAAUAGGACGGGAACGACAGAAAGAGCCCUUUAGUGCCAAGACUGGAGCUGGACCAGUUUUCCUCGCUGCAGGGAAAUAAACAUGUGGUCAGACACUCUUCUGGAGGACCGAAAGAAAGAAAGAAGGCAUGGAGACAGAAGGAGAGUUGAAAGGAAGACAAAUGAUCAACGACAGAUGGGCAGUUCUUACAGUUACUGCAGGACUGAUGUUUGCCUCGGAUUUCAUUUUUUAUUUUAAUUUGUUGGGUUAUUUUUGGUGUAAUUUCUUUGUGCUCCCAUACGAUCUGUCUUCAUGUAGUUGGGGGACAUCAAAAUAGAUUUCUGUUUUGCCUUAGUGGAGACAUGAAACAUAAUUGCUUUUAAGUUAAGUGCUUCAAAAGAAAAGGGGGUUUGUUCAGUAAAGCUUAAUUUAUUUCUCUUACCUUAAAUAUAUGGAUGAUGAUGAUGACGAUGGGGUUAUUGCUGAAAGGUUGCAAAAUAAGCAAUGACGAGCAGCGAUCUACUUUUUAUGCAAGGUCUGUGAGACUGUAAGUUAUGGUUUGAUGCUCAGGGAGGGCAUGUUUGGGCAGUAUGUAUUCAAUAACUGAAAGCCAACAUCGGAGUGUGGGAAUUGGCGGAGUUAGGAUUACAGCGAUAUUGAAGUCCGAACAAGUCCUUUAAUAUCCAAUCAUUUCCAAGCUGCUGCUUUUUCAGAGAAUCUUCUUCAACAAAAAGUCUGCAAAUAGCUUCUAAUCAAAAAUGUCUCUAUGCAAGCCAAAGGUCACUAAUGGGUAGGAUUUACUUAUAUUUAUUUCAGAGUGAUUAUCUUCCAGAGUGAUUUAUUUAUUUUUUUUAAAUCAAGACUGACCUUGUGUGGAAUAAGGUUUUUCGCAAGAAGAAUAAGACUUGGAGGAAAAAGUAACUAGAUUUAUUUAAUUACAGUAACCAGGUAUUUGAAGUUCAGAUAUGUGACUGUACAUUCCAAAUCAGUUUUAAAAAUGUAAAGACUUUUCCAGAAUUUCAGUCACGUAAGAGGCGUCGACAAACAGUAGAAGAAGAACAGAGAUUUUAGGGUACACGAGGAGUUUGAAUGGCUGGAGAAAUGCAGCAAAAGCAAUGCAGUGAUUUUGAAUGUUGAUCUUAAAUCUAGUCUGUGGAUACAGUAUAAGUUUUCUUUAAUUUGAAUUUUAGUUUGAAUAUGGCUGAAUGAGUUUAUUUUUACUGCAUUUUUUUGUCAUAACCUUUAUAAGAAAGGCACAACAGUUGGACAUAACAUAAAAAGCGUCACACAACAUGCUUUAUCUACAAUGCAUAAUGCUGUUCUGUCCUCAGUGGAACAUUAUGUAUAAAAGCACCUUUUUUGGCUCGUGGGAGAAGAGUCUAAAGUAGGAAAGGAUGAUGGAGAAAGAUGCGGUAGGGGAAAAACCUGCUGCCUAACGAUUUUAAAUGUUUGUGAAGCUCCCCUUUUUUAAAAGACCAAUGAUUAGGUUUGUAAUGUUAUAUUUAAACAAAAGCUUGAAAGUAUAUUUGUGUAUUUGUCAGAAACUGCGCAAAGAAUGAAUGAAAGGGUUGAUAUAAUAGUUAUGUGCCGAUUGCAUGUACUCCUUCUGCCUCUCCUCUGUUGCUUAUAGACUUCAGCCAGCUUCGUUGCCUGCAGCAUGGCAAGUUGUGGGAAUACUGUUGGAACUAUCUUUUUUUUUUUUUUGUGGAUUGGAGAUGUUACAAUCCAAAUGACUCUAAGAUAAUUUCCUUUUUAAUUUUAAUUACUCAUAUAACGGAGAAGAGAAGAAAAUGUGCAAUGUAAGAAACAUGUUUAUGUGGGGGUAAAAGGUCAGUUUAAAUAAGAUGAUGUGUGAUAAGUCUGCUGUGAGUGCAUUGUGUGAGGAGAAAUAAAGAGUGAACAAUUUCUUA